AUGGAGGUGUUCAGGAGCGUGCUCACCGUGGCCGACAGUCGCAGAUCCCUGGUGGCGCUAUGCCGGAUCAUCGACCUGGAUCCGCUCAUCACAGACAGGAAGCGCACCAUCCUCUUCUGGGCGUGCUUUAUCUACCCGUUCUUCUUCCACGCCUUCAGCCUCUACACCCUCUACUACUACCGCAACGACAUGUUGCCCUUCCUCCAGUGCGUCUCCAUGUGGGGAGCAGCUGGUCAGUGCAGCUUCAAAACCAUCAAUGCCUACAUUCACCGGAAGCGCAUCAGGGAGAUGUUCGACCAGGUCACGUGCAAACAGUCGGCCAGCGAGCAGGAUGAGCGCGUGAAUGCGCACUACCUCAAGUGGGCACGGCGCCUCAGUGUCAUUCUGAAAAUGCUAACGUCCACGCUCCUGUCCAACUUCGUGUUCUUCAACCUGUACCUGCUGCGCGGCAUCGUGGUGAAUGACCGGAAGUUCAUCUUCGUGCUCAACAUCCCGGGCCUGAAUGCCGAUCCCAAUGCCGGUUUUCCGGACUACGAGCUGCAAUUGACCUUCCAGCUCGUGGCGCUGUGGAUUGGGGUGUGGGAGGUGGUGGCUCUGGAUGGGCUCUUUGCCUACUUUGCUUUGAAUGGCGCCUCGCAGGCGGACUCCCUCAUUGUCACCAUCAACAGGAUGUCCCAGGCCGUGGAGGAGGAGCGCGCUGCCGGCGACGAGACGAGCAGGGAGAUAAAGCGCAUCAUCCAGCAGCACGGACAGUACUUGGACUACAUCAAUCGCCUGGACGAGAUGUUCAACGGCAUGUUCCUCAUGCAAUUCGGCAGCUUCGCCUUCAGUGGCUCUGUUGCUCUCUACGUGGCCCGAAUUAGCGACUGGUUUGCAAUUUACGGCAUUAUUGCCACAUCAUACUUCCAGCUCUUCUUCUACAACUCUCUCGGCUCGGUCAUUGAGACAAAGAACCAUGAGAUUGCUGAGGAGUUCUACAACUGCAAAUGGUUCAUGAUGAGCAUCAAGGACAGGAAGAUGAUUAUGCUGAUGCUGCAGCGCGCGAGAACAGUGCCAACCUUGUCUGUGGGCCACUUGGCGCCUCUGAAUCUCGAGACCGGCAUGUCCAUCUACAAGACGCUCUACUCGUAUUUCCUCCUCCUCAAGGACGCCUUCAAUUGA